UUCACUUGGUUACAGCUGACUGAGGAUUUUAAUCAUUUGGAGCCACAUUGAAAAAAAAAAUCCCCCCUGAAUCUACUUUUAACUGAUAGUCAUUAACUUUGGUUAUGUGAACUUCAGUGUCCACCGAUAUUUGUAAGUACUCGACAAUGGUCCUUUCUGAAAUGGCAUCUAUGAUUCAGCUAUUCAAAACCUAAUGAAGUUGGUGACUCUAUGACAAUGUGAAGGAAUCAUGACUGAAAAUGUGGUUUGUACUGGGGCUGUCAAUGCUGUAAAGGAAGUUUGGGAAGAAAGAAUAAAGAAACACAAUGAAGACCUGAAGCGAGAGAAGGAAUUUCAAUGCAAGCUAGUGCGAAUCUGGGAAGAACGAGUAAGCUUAACUAAGCUAAGAGAAAAGGUCACCAGGGAAGAUGGAAGAGUCAUUUUGAAGAUAGAAAAAGAGGAAUGGAAGACCCUUCCUUCUUCUCUGCUGAAACUGAAUCAACUACAGGAAUGGCAACUUCAUAGAACUGGUUUGCUGAAAAUUCCUGAAUUCAUUGGAAGAUUCCAGAACCUCAUUGUGUUAGACUUAUCUCGAAACACAAUUUCAGAGAUACCUCCAGGGAUUGGACUGCUUACCAGACUUCAGGAACUGAUUCUUAGCUACAACAAAAUCAAGACUGUCCCCAAAGAACUAAGUAAUUGUGCCAGCUUGGAGAAACUAGAACUGGCUGUUAACAGAGAUAUAUGUGAUCUUCCACAAGAGCUCAGCAAUCUGCUAAAACUUACUCACCUUGAUCUGAGUAUGAAUCAUUUUACUACAAUCCCUCUUGCUGUGUUGAACAUGCCUGCCCUUGAGUGGCUGGACAUGGGAAGCAACAAACUUGAACAACUUCCUGAUACUAUAGACAGAAUGCAAAAUCUACAUACAUUAUGGCUGCAACGAAAUGAUAUAACAUGCUUGCCUGAAACAAUCAGCAAUAUGAAAAAUCUGGGUACUCUUGUUCUCAGCAACAAUAAACUGCAAGAUAUUCCAGUAUGCAUGGAAGAAAUGGCAACUCUGAGGUUUGUCAACUUCAGAGACAACCCACUGAAAUUGGAAGUAUCACUUCCUCCCAAUGAAGGCAUAGAUGAAGAAGAGGAACGGGAAUUAUUUGGUCUUCAGUUUAUGCACACAUACAUACAGGAGUCAAGGAGAAGAGCAGAUCACCAAGUCAUCUGUUCAACUACUUUACCAAUCUCCAUAAAUACGGAUGAGUAAUAUAAUUCAAGAUGCCCUUCUAAAGAGGAUUACUUUGGUGAAUUCUCUAAUGUUUGGACUUCUGAAGUAAAAAGAAAAGCUAUUACCAAAGUUUAAUGAGGCCACAGCAUUUUUUAAAGUUCAUAUUAUCUGCUAUUUAAAGUAUAUAUUUUGAAUAUAAAAAUAUAAUUAAAAAAAUUUUUUUGGUGGAA